AUGACGCCUAAGAUAUUAGUACUCAUUUCUGGUAAUGGAAGCAACCUCCAGGCUCUCAUUAAUGCCAAGGAGCAAGGCCAGCUGAAAGCAGAAAUAUCUUUGGUCAUAUCCUCAAGUAGUAAGGCAUUUGGCAUCGAAAGAGCCAGGAAACACAACAUUCCAGUCCGAGUGCAUGAGCUGAAGUCAUACUACCAGGGAAUUCCCAAAGAGGAGAAAGCCAAACGAGCCGAAAAGAGAAACGAUUUUGAUCAAGACCUGGUCAAGAUCAUAUUGAGCGAGAAGCCUGAUCUUGUUGUUUGUGCCGGCUGGAUGCUUAUACUAGGUGAAAAAUUCUUACAACCUUUACAAGAGAAGAACAUCUCCAUCAUAAACUUGCAUCCAUCCUUGCCUGGAGCCUUUGAGGGAAUUAAUGCAAUCGAAAGAUCUUAUAAUGCCGGUCAGAAUGGCGAAAUUACUAAGGGUGGUAUCAUGAUCCAUCGGGUUAUUCUGGAGGUUGAUAGAGGACAACCUCUCAUAGUGAGAGAAAUAGAUGUUAUCAAAGGAGAGACGCUAGAGUCGUGGGAGGCAAGAAUCCAUUCUUUAGAACACCAAGCAAUAGUGGAUGGAACUAACAAGGCAUUGGACGAGUUGAAAUAA